GGUGCAGAUCCCCCAUGACAACCUAAAUGUAGGUGAGGGAACCAAAUAUCGUAGGUGUGCUCUCAGCGAACUUCCAAUGAGAGUCUUGUUCGGAGGCAAGGUAUUAUUCGCUCUAACAUCAUACUCUGUUGAGUCAUUGUACAAAGGUAGAUUAUUUGGGUAAUGGCAUACUUAAAUUAGUUCACAGAUUUGUUCUCAUGCCAUUAAAAGGUUAAUUUUGUGCAUAAUUGCUCAACCUUACAAUGCAAACCUUUGUAGUUGGCAAUGCUCAAGGUCUAGCCAUGAAUUUAUUGUGUGCUGGAAUUGCUCGGUGAUUGGGUUUGUGGUUUACUACGGGGUACGGGAUUUGGUUGGUUCAGAACUAGUUACCCACUUAAUAGCAAUUGUUAGUGUUAUACUAUAUUAGAUGCACCAAGGAACUAUCUUUUAAGUAAUUUUAAUGUUCGUAAGUGUCGUUAUGCAGCUAUAAUGAAUGAAAGAAACACUCAAAUUGCGGAAAAAUUUCCUUUUGAAGUAGAAGUAGACAAGGGUGUGAAUGUAUUUAGUUGGCAGUUCGAGUUAAUGAGGUCAAAUGAAUAGUAUGGGCUAUUGGACGAGAACCACUGAAAAUAGGCCAGUGAUGCUUAAGAGGAAUAUAAGAAUAGCAGAUUUCCAAAUAGAAAUAUACACGGUAUGUAGAACUACAUAUUGGUACGCCUAAAAAAGGAUUAUGAAGGUUUGUCCCAAAAUGGAAUGAUUGGAAUAGUUAGUUGAAGAUAUGUGCAAAACCAUACAGAAAGUUUACUCCGCAUUUACAUGGUAAUUCUAAAAUUGUGAGUUAAAACUAGUCAUCUUAAUCCAGAUUAAUUUUCUCAUGAAACAAUUUAGCUGUACUACUACAAAAGAUUGAAUUCAUAUUGUAUAGCUAUGAAAAAGGUAACAUAAGUACUCUUCAAAACAUCACAUCAUGUCUACGAGAAUUGUAGAAAAUGGCUCCAUAGUCCAAUGCAAAAGCUUUCAAUAUUGUUAUUUCAAACUAAGGUCGUAUCUAUGUAAUGUAGCAAUAUCACUGGAAUUUGAGAGGAAACAGUUCAAUCUUCGCUUGUCGUAAUUCGUAUGGAGGAGAUGGCGCUUGCGACCUAUUGGUGUUAACCUUUCUAUACGAAGGUACUAACUAGGAUAAAUGCUUCCCCAAAAGAGAAAUCCUUUGGAAGUUAUGCAAUUACAACAUGCCCUGCCAGCACUAAACUAACCCCUCCACCCCUACCCUACACACACACACACGCAAACACACAAAGAGAUUAAAAAGGUUUUGCAAAUACAACAUUCUCUCCCAGCACUAUAUAAAUCCCAUCCUCCUCCUCCUCCUCUACACGUAGGGUAGUUGAAUUCCAUCAAAGACAAACUAAUUAGGCACCACCUUUGCCACCUGACCGUGCCUGCAAUAGAAUUCCAGGGGCAUCAUCUCAGCGCUCCAUGGCCUCACUGCUAAAGCGAUUCAGCGAUGUAGCACAGUCGCCAAAAGGGUGCCGCUACAACCCAGAGAGAUCCGGCGUCGGUAUUGUCUCAGCUAUUAUGGAACCAACCGCUACACGCCUACGCAUGGUCCGGCCUCUCAUCCACACCAACGCGCGUGAGAUCCUAGAGGUUACACUACCGAACCUCUGUUGGAGCAAUAGGAGGCCAUUCCGAGCAGCCAUACUGUCAUGCGGUCUAUGCCGCAGGUGGAUCGGUAGUGGCACCAUCUAUAUGUUCAAAGGUGAGAUGGGAUUUUGUAAACAGGAGUGUCUCUUCGACUAUAUCGUGGAGCAAUUGGAAAAAGAGACACAGAGGGUGAGAUGGUGUGGAAGAGAAAAGGUGCCAACAAUGGAGGACAAGGAAGGCGACCAGAGCUGCAUUUUCUUCACCCGCGCUGGCAGCCUAUGAUGCACCUACAUCUAUGUUUGAGAGAUGUAUGGGAUUAGAAGGACUGGAACCUAUUUUUCACAACUGUAUAACUUUGUGCUUUUGUAAGUAUAGAACACCUGAUGGUUAGUAAAUAGCAAUACACUUUUGAUCAUGGCACAAGCAUAUCUCUUCCUUCACAUGUAACGAGGGAUGCAUACGCCCGAGAUAGUGUUCACCUUUUUGCAUGCUAGCUAUAUAACACUCUCACGUAUAGAUUGUCACAACUAGCUCGACGUGAAAG